AUGAUUGGCGGACGGGACAAGAAGAUGAGAUCUGUGGUCCGAGUUGAAGAUCCGUAUGCAUUCCCCGGCACCGAUGAUACUCCAGAAAUUGUAGCAACGAAACCGAGGAUGACUAGAGCUGCAUCUAAAACCACGCACAAGACUCCCCCAGCUGCUGCUACUAGAAAGAACCCUGCUAGGAACAAUAAUACUCCAGUUGUUGCUACUACCAGGACUCCAACCAAUCAUAAUCCUCCAACCAUUCCCAAUCGCUCAUCCGGAAGACUCGCUGCCAACAUAUCACGACCCAAUUCCCGAGCUGUCUUCCCAAAGACUCCUACUAAGCAACACUAUAAUGCUGUCGUCCAAGUCGAUCUAGGAUCCGACGACGAUAUUGAUCAUCGUCAGGAUCACACUGAUCAGGCCGAGGAUCAAGCUAACGAGGAUGUUGUCAUGCUUGCCAAUCCCACAAGACGUACUCGAUCUACCAAAGUACCAUCUACUGCAGCUACUGUAAAGAAAUCAAACAAGGAUGAGGAUGCAAUGAUCGUAGGUAGUGACAACGAUGACGAGGAGGAUGCGGGUAUAGACGAAGAUUGUGACCAGCAAGACGAUCAACCACAACCACCUGUAAAGAAGAAGGCUAAAACUGAUAUACCCGAUCUCCCACCUGCUACUGUUGCUGCUGUAGAUAUAAAUGCACUAAAGAGAGCUAAAAGGAUUGUAUUGGACAGGCUAGCUGGUGCGAAUCCACCUCGCAACCUCAUUGGUCUCGAUGAACCCUUCAACGUAUUAUACGAACUCGUCUCUCGGACUAUACGAUUUGGUGAAGGAAAUUCCGUCGUCUGUAUUGGUGCUCGUGGAACUGGAAAAUCCAUGACUCUCAAAAUGGUAUUGGACAAGAUUCGAGCUGAACAGGUCGGAGACAAACCAUACAUUGAAAUUGCCCUCAGUGGAUUACUACAUACUGAUGACCGAUAUGCAUUACGUGCCAUGGCAAGAGCAUUGAAGAUUGAGCAACAACCCGAACUCAAUGGCGCAACGAGAUUGUCAUUCUCAGAGUCUAUGCAACACGUGCUCGAUACAUUGAGAGCUGGAACGGCCAAAACUGUCCCAGUCAUCAUCACCAUCGACGAGUUCGACGUCUUUGCUUCUCACAGUACUCGUCAACAUCUCUUGUACAAUCUGUUCGAUGCUGCUCAGUCUGGUCAAUCUCCAGUCCUUAUUGUUGGUUUGACUCAUCGUUUCGACGCUCUGGAAGGAUUGGAGAAGCGAGUCCGGUCAAGAUUCUCUCAACGUCAGAUAUUUUUCUAUCCACCUCAAACUUUGAAAGAAUUCACCAGUGUCUUUGAAGCUCACUUGCUACUAGAUCAAGAUCCUGAUCUAGAUUCUUCUUAUAUUGAAGAAUACAACCGCUCCGUCAGGAGUCUCUUGAAAGAUGCCCACUUCAGGGAGGUUUGCAGGGACGAGUUCCACUUGGGACGUGACAUUCGUCGUUUGAGAAAUGUCUUGUUUACUUGUGUCUCAUCUCUGAAGCCCACUCAACCAUUCCUAUCGUGUGUCACAUUUACCGAGAUCGUCAAGGACCAGAUGGUAGACGCUUCCAAGUCAUUGAUCUCGUCAUUAUCUACCCUUGAAUUGUGUCUGGUAUUAUCAGUUAGGACACUCCUACUUGCGAAUCAUGAAACCAUAAACUUUGAAAUGGUGCAUGAUGAAUACCAAACAUAUCUGAAAGAUUAUGAAACCAGAUCAGGAUCUGGUCGCAGUAAUGGUAGUUUGGGAAAGGCCUUCGGAGAGUCAACUGGUGGUGUAGGUGUACGUGACUUGGUAUACUCUAGAGGAGUAGUCAUGAAGGCCUUUGAACAGUUACUCUUGUUGGGCCUUUUACGAGGAAGCUCUGAUCGAGGAACCAAAACCGACUCAUUUUAUGGAAAUGGUCUCAAGGAAUAUCGCAUGGUCAAGCCAAUGUUUGGUCCAGAUCAAGCUGCGACAUGGAUAAAAUCCAUUCCGGAGCUACCAACUAUUGUGUCCAAAUGGGUGUCCUCAUAG